AAGAAGCUCGCAGAGAAGCACAACAAGAUGCUCGCUGAGCUGGCCAAGCAGCCAGACAACUCGACAUGCGCAGAUUGCGGUGCGUCCGGUCCGCGCUGGGCGUCAUGGAACCUGGGUGUUUUCCUGUGCAUCCGGUGCGGCGGCUUCCAUCGGCACAUCGGAACGCACAUUACAAAGGUCAAGUCGAUAAACCUGGACAACUGGACACCGGAGCAAAUGGAGCAUUUCGGGCGCAUCGGCAACAAGCGCGCCAACGCUUACUUCAACCCACACCCUGAACAGCAUACGGCGCCUCGCUCUGACCGCGACAUCGAACGCUAUAUCCGCGACAAGUACGAGCACCGCCGCUUUGUCGACCACCGAAAUGGUGUUGCCGAUCCGACAACGGCUGAU